AUGGCCGACAUCACCGCCGUCGGUGAAGAGAACCCUUCUCCUACUCAGGACGACCUGCAGCAGGCCGCCGGUAACGGCGCCGCUGACAACCGCGGCACCAAACGCUCUCGCAUGAGCGCUGCCGACGACGACGACGAUGAUGAUGACAAGCCGGGUCGCGAGCGCAGAAAGAUUGAAAUCAAGUUCAUUCAGGAUAAGUCGCGUCGCCACAUCACCUUCUCCAAGCGGAAGGCGGGUAUCAUGAAGAAGGCAUAUGAACUCUCCGUCCUCACUGGUACUCAAGUACUGCUUUUGGUCGUGUCUGAGACCGGUCUCGUGUAUACUUUCACCACCCCCAAGCUUCAACCAUUGGUGACCAAGCCGGAGGGCAAGAACCUGAUUCAGGCCUGUCUCAACGCUCCCGAUCCGACCGCCAAUGAGAACGGCGUCGACGCCCCGGAGGUGCCUGCUGAGACCCCCGAAGAUGUCAGCCACGCCAAUGUCAACCCUCAGCAGCAGAACAUGCCCCGCCCUGCGGGCAUGCACCCCGGUUACAUGACGAACGAGCAGCAGCAGCAGAUGGCCUACUAUCAGAACCUCCAGCAGCAGCAGCAAGCAGGUCAACAAUAUCCCGGUAUGCCUGUAGGCAACCGGAUGCCCCCUCAGCACCAGCCCACCGCAUAA